UGUCAUCUGUCUGCGCCGCAACAGUGCACGUGUGGGAAGUCGGACCUAUUUAGAAGUGCUGCAUUCGUCUCUUAGCUAACACAUAAUCUAUCCAAAAUGGGGAAAAAGUUAAAAGUCGGAAAGACUCGUAAAGAUAAAUUUUAUCAUUUGGCAAAGGAGACAGGCUACAGAUCCCGUUCGUCCUUUAAGCUAAUCCAGCUGAAUCGUAAGUUCCAGUUUCUGCAGAAGGCGAGGGCUCUUCUGGACCUGUGUGCUGCUCCGGGAGGAUGGUUACAGGUAGCAUCCAAGUUCAUGCCCGUGUCCAGUCUGAUCAUCGGAGUGGACCUGGUGCCCAUCAGACCCAUCCCCAACGUAGUCACGCUGCAGGAGGACAUCACCACGGAGAAGUGCAGACAGGCUCUCAGGAAAGAGCUGCAGAUGUGGAAAGUGGACGUGGUGCUGAACGACGGUGCCCCAAACGUCGGAGCUAACUGGCAGCAUGACGCUUUCUCACAGGCACACUUGACCCUGAUGGCUCUGAAGCUCGCCUGUGAGUUUCUCAACAAAGGAGGAACUUUCAUUACCAAAGUUUUUCGUUCCAAAGACUACCAGCCACUCAUGUGGAUCUUUCAGCAGUUUUUUAAGAAAGUGCAGGCCACCAAACCACAGGCAUCCCGUAACGAGUCCGCUGAGAUCUUCGUCGUCUGCCAAGGUUUUCUGGCCCCUGACAAAAUUGAUAACAAAUUUUUCGACCCAAAGCAUGCCUUCAAAGAGGUGGAGGUCCAGGUAAAGACAGUAAAGGAGUUAACCACCACGAAGAAGCCUAAAGCAGAAGGCUACGCUGAUGGAGAUCUGACCCAGUAUCACACAUUCUCAGUUACGACGUUUUUACGAGCUGAGAACCCAGUGGACUUCCUGAGCAAAGCCAGUGAGAUCACGUUUGAUGAUCCAGAGCUGGAGUCUCACACAGCUACAUCUUCUGAAAUUAAAGAAUGCUGUAAAGAUAUCAAGGUUCUUGGAAGAAAAGAGCUGCGACUCUUGCUAUCAUGGAGAUCCAAGCUGAGGAAGUUUUUAGCCAAAAAGCUGAAAGAAGAAGCAAAGCAGCUGGACCAAGAGAUCAGUCUGAGCUCCAGUGAUGAUGAAAGCGAUGGAGAGAAACCCAGGAAGAAGAAGGAGGUGGCGUAUAAGAAAGAAGAUGAUGAGGCUGAAGAUGAGGAUGAGGACGAGGAGAUGGAGAAGAAGCUGGCUGAGCUGAAGGCAGAGGAGAUUGCAGAGCUGAAACGGAAAAAGAAGAAGCUCCUGAAAGAGCGACGGAAGCAGAGAGAGCGAGUGGAGCUGAAGAUGGACCUGCCUGGUGUUUCCAUUGCUGACGCCGGAGACUCGAGCAUGUUCUCCCUCAACACCAUCAGUAAAGCCAAGGACCUGAAUGAGCUCACGCUGGGUGAUAUGACCGGAGCAGAUGCCUUGGUGGACGAUGAGGGAGAGGAGAACGUGCACAUUUCCGAAUCAGACAGUGACCUCGUCUCUCUGGCGUCAGACCUGGAUGAAGACGACCUGGCCGAGAUAGAGGAGAAAGAGAAGCAGCUGAAGAAGCUUCCCAAGAAAAAGGUUUCCUUCACUGCAGUGGAGGAGGAUGAGGAUGAGGAUGAAGAGGAGCAGGGGAACAAACUGCUGGUGGAUUUGGAGGGAAAGAUUGAAAAGCAAGAUCGACAGACCAGCAUGUGGUUUAGCAAGGACAUCUUCUCAGAGCUGGACCUCGAUGGAGAUGAAGACGCAAUGAGGGAACUCAGACAGACCCAGUUCCUGCACGGCAAACAGGCUGCAGGAAAGGGCAAAAAGAGGAAGGCUGAAGAGAACACAGAGGCUGCUCAGAAAGAGGAGGAGGAUGAGGCAGCCACGCCCUCUCAGGAAGCAGAAGAGGCAGCGGGAGAUGAAGAGGACAGCGAUGACGACUCGUCUGGUGACAGCAGCGAUGAUGAGGAAGAAAUAGCGAGGAUGAAGCGUACCUCUGGGUCUGGUGAAUUGCCUGGAGAUGAUGAUGACUUUCAAGUAGUUCCUGUAGAGAGCACAAGUAAGCGUGCUCGGAUCCUGGACGCUGAGGGUCUGGCUCUCGGUGCUCAGAUCGCCACGUCCAAGAAGAGACGCAGGGACCUGAUAGAUGACUCCUUCCACAGGUUCUCCAGCUUGCAGGAUACUGGUGAGAUUCCAGUGUGGUUCUUAAAUGACGAGAGGAAACACAGAAAGAAACCCGUCCCUGUCACACGAGAGAUGGUGGAGGAGUACAAGCAGAAGUGGAAGGAGAUCAACGCACGUCCAAUUAAGAGACUGGCAGAGGCCAAAGCUCGCAAGAAGAGAAGGACGCUGAAGAAGAUGGAGCAGGCCAAGAAGAAGGCUGAAGCGGUGGUGAACACAGUGGACAUCUCAGAGAGAGAGAAGAUGGCACAGCUCAAAAGCAUUUACAAGAAGGCUGGUGUGGGUAAGGAGAAGAGGGAAGUGACCUACGUUGUGGCCAAAAAGGGCGCUGGGCGUAAAAUCCGCCGUCCCCCAGGAGUGAAGGGUGUCUUCCGUGUGGUGGAUGGACGGAUGAAGAAAGACCUCCGUGGCCAGCAGAAGAAAGAUCAAAGAGACAAGGGGAAAGGGGGCAGGAAAGGAGGAAAGGGUGGAAGAGGGGGAAAGGCAGGUAAGGGGCAUCCAAACAGGAAAUGAGGGAGUGAAACUUGAGCAUGAACUUCUCAUCACACUCAGCUGGGACUGCUGUUAGAGAGCUGAGCUGUGCUAAAUCCAGGCUACAUGGACUCUGUGGGCAGGAUGAUACACACAGGCCUGGAUUUACUGUGAAUGUGGUGAUGUCAUCACAGAAUCUGCAUUUUGUGCUGAUCUGUGGUCAGUUUCAUGUUUUUUCUAAUGAGUGACUGUUUCCCAAUACAGAACCUUUAAUCUGGCUGAGCUACACAUUAUAGUGUUUUCCUGCUUGAACACACCUGAUCAUUUUGUCCAUUUUUAUAGAUGACUGUUAUACAGGAACAGGGGCCAGCAUUUACGGUUUAGCCGUAGCAUUUGAGUUUUUUUUACCCCUUGUCUUUUGAAUGAACAUCCAAAUUUGGGGCAAGGUAUAAAGUUUUAUAGAUUUAUUGUUAAAUUAUAACUCAGAUAUUAUGAUUGCAUAAUAUCUGCAGAGGUGCCAACAUUGAUGGUUUAGCCAUAGUAUUUAUGGUUUAGCGGGUACAGAAGACACCAGACAACUUUGCUUUUCUGCUUUUUCAUGUAAAACAGCCUUCGCAAGUCAUUAUGGCAGGAAAACCUGAAAAUGUGCUUGAUCUGAUUUAAAGAAGUGGUUAAUAAUGAAUAAGAUGCUUGUUUUUUUUCACCUGAUGUCUCGAAGCCUCCUGAUUGGAGGAGUUUUGAUUGUUGUAUAAUAUUUUGUCUAAAAUGUUCUUUGAACGUUUGAGUCAUUUGAACUGUAUAUUGACACAGUUUCACGUUAAUAUUUUCAAUUAAAUAAAGUAAAAUUCAUGUCA